CAAAGAAUAACCAUUAUCUCCCCUCAAAUUGCCGCCAAAGUCAAGAUUUGUGACAAGUCAAAACUGUAAACAAGAAUGGUUUUGUUAUAGACAUAAGUUUACUUCAUGGGUUCCAGUGGAAGUAAGACUAAACCUGGACCAAAUUCAAGUAACAAUGCUGGCCCUGAGUCAACCAAUAAAGAAAACAAAUCUGAAGGUUCCAUAAGUUUACCACCUCUAAAUCCACCACAGAGUACUGAGGAUAAAAAGAUGACCACUCCAUCCAGUAGUGUUACAAAACUGCCUGAAGUUUCAAGCUCAACAAGUCAAAAUCAGAAUGAACAAAGUAAAAACAAGGGAAGUAACUCAUCAGAUUCUAAAGAGGAAACAAAGGGAGAUAAGUCUCAACCAAAGGGAGAUAACUCUCAAACAGAAGAUGAUUUUAUUGAAUCAGAGGACCAAAGGAAGUUUGAUGAAGCACUGGGUUGUGCAUGUGUUCUUGUUAAACCAGAAAGUUUAAUGAAAAAAGUGACAAAAAAUAUAACAAAACUACAAAUGUUCAGAGCUUUACCAAUGAAUUAUAAUUUUUACGAUUUUUUAUCCAAGUUGUCAAAUUUACAGGAAAUUGACAUAUCUAAUAAUAACAUAGGACCACAUUCAUUCAGGAGUAUUUGUUUAGCAAUGUGUAACAAUGUGACAGUGUCCAGUCUAAAUAUAGCAGAUAAUAUGGCCGACACUGACAGUGCUGAAUGUUUGGGUAAAAUGAUAACACAGAAUAAGACAUUGGUAUACCUGAAUGUGUCCAGCAAUUCCCUUGGUAAAGAUUACUUCUCCAGAUGUGUGGGACCUGCUCUUAAAGUAAAUACAACACUCAAGACUCUUAGAGCACAGAAUUUAGGAUCAUCAGACAUGAAGGUGUUUAUGGAAGGUUUGAUGGAUAAUACAGCAUUAACAGAUAUUGAUCUUAGUAACAAUGCCUUGUCUGAUAGGAUGAUUUUAGGCAAGGGAUUUGGUGAGAAAUUAAAGAAUCCUAGCUGUAUUCUCAAGAGUAUCGCCUUGGCUAACUGUGAGAUAAAUACAGCAGGGAUUGAUGCCUUUAUACAAGGCUAUGAAUAUAACACAACUUUAGAGGAGCUUAAUCUCAAUGGUAAUCAGUUUGACUCAUUAAAGAGAGUUGGAAAACUUGUAGUUUUGGCAAUGAAUUCUUCCACCAUGAGAAAUCUUAGCUUGGAUAUUGUAAGAGUAAAAGACACAAAUGUAUCUGUAGCAGAUUUAAAGGUAGAUUUGAAAGAAGAUCACACAUCACUGCUGCAGAUUGUCAGUUUGAGUGAUGGUAGUCUGACUGACAACUUCUGGGCUUGUAUUGAAGAGGUUUUCAAAGGGAGACAAAUCCCUGUGUUUGACAUAAACAUUGGCUCUAAUUCAGAUUUAUCACCAAAGUGUUUUGACUCAAUCCUAAAGCUAACAUCAGAUGGAGAAGGUAACAGUACAUUACAAAGAAUAAACUACAGUUUAAACAAUCAGUGCAAUGAUCUGUCAGAGAAGUUAGAGAAAUUUCAGGAUCUGCAGUAUGUCAACAUUAGAAAAUGUAGGAUCAAAGAUCUCCACCAGAUGACAGCAGUGUAUACAACAGGGAACCUGACUACACUGGUACUUGAUGGAAUCAAGCUGGCUUCUACUGAUACAUUGCAGGCUUUAAUGGGGAAUGUUGUUGGAUCUUCAUUAAGAACUCUCAGUUUUGGAGGUUGUUCCCUGUCUGCCUCUGACAUAGCUCCAUUGUGCCAGGCAAUAAAGAAAGGGUUCCAGUUACAUAUGUUGAAACUGUCAGCCAAUCGUUUAGAAGAUGAGGGUGUGAUUGACUUGUCACAAGCUGUUGUUAGCUGUAAGAAACACCCUUUAGCUGUCUUAGAUUUAUCGAGCAAUACAUUUACAGACACUGGUGCUUUAAGUUUGUCAAAGAUCUUUUCCACAAAAAGUCACAAAUCUCAGUUACACAGUCUCAAUGUCAGCUCGAACAAUAUUGGUAAAGAAGGAAUGAUGAGCUUGGUAUCAAUGGUUGGUGGGAAGUCUCCUUUACAUUCUCUUCAUGCUCAAAAUCAAACAGAAGGUUUGAAAGAGUUGGAAAUGACAGAAUUAUUUACAAAACUUGCAACAGUAUUAGGAUUUAAUAUAAAGAAGAUCGGACCCAGUACUUCGGAUCUACCUAUUUUACCUGAAGGAUUACUAGUCAACUUAUCAUCAAUGGGAGGCAAUCCAGGAGAGACAGGAUCCAUGCUUGACAGUCAAAGAAUACUCACAGAUUAUCGAAAUGAUAAAAUACCAACCAUGACUUUUGGACAUAUACAAGAACUGUGUGCCUGGUUAAAAAAUACAGGAAAUAUCAUAUGUGUUUGGUCUAGUGAAGAGUGGGGACUGAUAACUGGAUCAGGUCGACCUACUACUGAUGCACCAUCAUGGCUGCAGCUUGAUGCAAAGAGAUCAAAAGCUUUGUAUCUAAGUAACUUGCCUGGCAACACAACACAGCAGAAAAUGGAUGCUAUGUUUGAAAUGGAGGCUGAUUGUAACUUGGAUGAAGUUUGUCUGAUGAAGGACCCUGUAACUAGGAGUAUAAAUGGUACAGGUUGGGUGACAAUGUUAGAUGAUCAGUCUAUACAGAAAGCUAUAGACUUUUUUAAUUCUGGAGAGGCGAAAGUAUUUGGUCAGCCUUUCAAGAUCUCCAAAAUAAACAUUAAAGUAGAUGAUGAAGCAAACUCUCUAGCAGAAGCUCAGGCAUUAGAGGACUUUGAAUUAAGACAGAAACAAAAACAACAAGAGGCUAAAGAAUACAGAUCUCUGAUUCAAAGAACAACAGAAGAAUCAUGGAAACGUCAUGCCUAUAGACUAGCUCAUCCUGCUUAUGCAGAUGGAAGAAUAUGGUGACAACCUGCAUUGAUGCAUACUUUAUAUACUAAUAAAUUAAAACAUAUCUAAAACACUGUAAUCUAAUACAGUUGUGAGUAUUGUUGAUAUUUACAUUACAGAAUAUAUAGAUAUGUUAAAGAAUUGAAUUUUAGUUUAUUGAAGGACCUUUUGUCUGAUUUUAAAAAUAUACUGUAAAUUGUAAUAAUAUUUAAAAUAGCUCUCACCGCCAUUCAGCCUUUUUGCGCGCGUUUGGUGUAAAGUAAACACCAAUCAGUCAUUACUGGUCAAAUAGUUUUUCCAUUAUAACAAAUUUAUGGAUGAGUCAUAAAUUUUUUAUACGUCUCCUGUUUUAAGUGGACAUGAUAUUUCUUUUAUUUGUGCCCUUACUGCAGCCAUGGGUUUGUCACCAAACGGUUUUCUGUUUUUUUUCUCUUGAGGUUGCCUCAACUAAAUGUCAUGAAACUUAUGCACAAUGCUUAUGUUCAGAUGAGGAUCAAGAUCAAAUUAAAGUUUCACCUGCCCAAACAAUUAAACACUUUACAUAAUAGAAAAUGGCUGAAUUCUUUGGUUUAUGUUAUGAUACAU